CGGAGUGCGGAGCCCCGGCACCGCCGGCCGCCGCCCCCGCCCGCGCCCCGGGUCCCGAUCUUACCCUCGCGGGCAGCUUCGCUUCUGCACCCCGGGGCCGGGCCGGGGUCGAGACGGGGCGCGGCGACCCCAGCCUGCGCCUUCACUGGCCGCGAUGAGCCCGGGGCUGUGACCCGCCCGCCCCACCUCUGCCCGGCCUGCCAGGCUCCGCCGCCGGGAGGCCGGGCUCCAGCCCAUGGCCCGGAGGUACGACGAGUUAUCCCACUACCCAGGCCUCGUGGACCGCCCGGCAGCCUUGGGUGGCUUCCCCCAGACAGCACCCCCGGCCUCUGGUCCCUACGGCCCACAUCGGCCUCCCCAGCCCCCACCCCCAGGCUUGGACAGCGAAGGGUUGAAGAGGGAGAAGGACGAAAUCUAUGGACACCCACUCUUCCCUCUGCUGGCCCUGGUCUUUGAGAAGUGUGAACUGGCCACCUGCUCACCCCGCGAUGGCACCAGGGCUGGGCUGGGCACCCCUCCCGGAGGAGACGUCUGCUCCUCAGAUUCCUUCAAUGAGGACAUCGCUGCCUUUGCCAAGCAGAUCCGCUCCGAGAGGCCACUGUUCUCCUCCAACCCAGAGCUGGACAAUCUGAUGAUCCAGGCCAUCCAGGUGCUUCGCUUCCACCUGCUGGAGCUGGAGAAGGUCCACGACCUGUGCGACAACUUCUGUCACCGCUACAUCACCUGCCUCAAGGGGAAGAUGCCCAUCGACCUGGUCAUCGAGGACCGGGACGACGGCUGCAGGGAGGACCUGGAGGACUACUCCUGCACCAGCUUCCCAGACCAGAAUAAUACAUGGAUCAGAGACCAUGAAGACAGCGGGUCUGUACAUCUGGGGACCCCAGGUCCAUCCAGUGGGGGCCUGGCCUCUCACAGUGGGGACAACUCCAGCGACCAGGGAGACGGGCUGGACACAAGUGUGGCCUCUCCCAGUUCUGGGGGAGAGGACGAGGAGCUGGACCAGGAGCGGCGGCGGAACAAGAAGAGGGGAAUCUUCCCCAAGGUGGCCACAAACAUCAUGAGAGCCUGGUUGUUCCAGCACCUAUCGCACCCGUACCCCUCGGAGGAGCAGAAGAAACAGUUGGCCCAGGACACGGGCCUCACCAUUCUGCAAGUGAACAACUGGUUCAUUAACGCCCGGAGACGCAUCGUGCAGCCCAUGAUCGAUCAAUCCAACCGCACAGGGCAGGGCACAGGCUUCAGCCCCGAGGGCCAGCCCGCGGCCGGAUACACGGAGAUUCAGCCGCAGCAGCACCCGACCGUCCGGCAGCCCGGAUCGGCGGGGAUGAGUGUGAACUUGGAAGGAGAAUGGCACUAUCUAUAGAGGCUGGACUCAUUCAGGAGACGGUGAGUGGCCGGCUCCCUAGACUCCAGUCAUUCCCCAAAGGCAGGGUCUCUUAAGAUUUGGUGGAAGAUGGGUCAUCCCCUCGCCUAUCACUCCACCCCUUCCCAUCCAUUCAUACAUCUGUGCAUCUGUAUGUUCUACCCACCCACCAAUCCACCAUCCCACCCAGACAGGUGACCAUUCAGGGUGGGCUUCCUAGAGGAAGCCAUGUGCAAAAUCUUCCUCUGUCCCUGCUGGGAUGGUGGGGGAAAUACCCCCAACCUGUUUUUUUCCUUCUCUGUGCCACAGGCCCCAGCCUCCAUAUUGUGAGCACCAGCCUUGCACCUAGCUCGUCCUCACCCUCCUCACCAUGCCCUCUAACUUCAGGACUCCAAAGGCCUCUUUGUUCAACGCCUACCUCCCUGGGGCCCCACUGGGACAUGGGGGACACUCCAGGCCCUGCCCCCCUCUUCUGCUUUUGUGCUUGGGACCAAGCUGAGAACUGGGUCAGGGUUUGCAGAAGACGGCGGCUGGGGGCCCCACCACCAGGGCAGAGAAGGGAUUGGGGGGUGCACUGGGACUAUCGGGGAAGGAGGGUCACCCAGGCCUGACCUUUGGGGAGAUUCUGGUAUCUUCCCACCACUCCCUUGCCUCCCUCAUCUCUCUUCUCUAAUGUCUUCUACUUUUUUUUUAAUGAUAAAGUCUUAA